AUGUCGAUUCCGCCUCGCCUGAUUUCCAACGCCGUGCCCUCCGUGGUCAAACCAACGACGUUGCUCAUCCUCGUGGAUGACGACUCGAUCGGCAGUGGUUGGUGCGAACAGUUCAGUCAGGAGGGAUACAAUGUCCUGCAUGUCAAAUACCCCGUCGUUGAGGAAGACGGGUACGACCUCCGUCAGGCACUUCUGAAGGCCGAUAAAGAAGUCAGCAAGUUGGGCGGCGACUGGGCCCUGAUCACGUAUGGACUAUCUGCAGUGGAUGCGAGGACCUUGCGAUCCUCUAUUCUGUUCUCGUGGAAUGACUUAAAGGCUUGUAUCCACUUCUGCCCCAACACAACGAGUGCAAAGCCUUUCUUGUUGAAGAAAAAGGCUGGAGGAUACAUCCCGUCCGUCUUUCACAUACCCGCGAGCCAGGAGCUCAUCCACGCUGCGCUGAUCCCACAUACCCAGACAGAACAACUUAACAACAAUAGCCGAUCUCACCCUACGAUAUCCGUGUUCACUUACCCACUCGUCCCGGAGAAAUUCCCGUUCCCACUGAUGCUGAACGCGCCGUCCCGUGCCGCGAGGGAAACUGUCUGCCCACACAUUCGCUCCGCGACGACGCUGUCUCUCACUCGCACCUUGACGUUGCUGCGAAGAUGCAUCGGGCCUUAUUUCGACCUGGAGUCAGUGUGGGAGCAACACGCUCACUAUGAAUUUGUUGAAAGGGACCCACAAAAGACCUUGUCAACUAUGGUUUCUGAGCCUUAUGUGAAUCACAUUUCCACUUUAACGGGAGGUAUGGGUCGUAAGGAUUUAUUGAGGUUUUACAAGACAAACGUGCCUCCGAAUCACGAAGAAACUCACAAUGACGUAGACCACGCCUCCAGACACCGAAAUGAUCACCGUUUCGCGUACAGCUUUCUGCCCGGCAUACCGCCCACCGGUAAGAAAUUAGAAUUCCCUGUAGUGGGAAUCGUUGCAUUUCGAGGGGACAAGAUGUUUUUCGAAUAUUGGGACCAAGCUUCCGUCUUAGUACAGCUCGACCUGCUUGAUCCAACCAAUCUCCCCGUCGCGGGUGUGGAUGUCGCCCGGAAGGUGCUCGAUCCAUUUGGGGUACCGAGUAACACGUUGCUGGCGCGGUGGAAGACCAGCGAAGGCUUAGGCACUCAGUGA